AUGCCAGCCCACUUCACCUUUGCGCGUGAGAUGUUCACCUUUUGGGCUACUGAGACGGUUUCUGAUGGCAACACGUAUUUCUGCAAAGUCGAACAACGGCCUUUUAACGCAGUACUUUUCAUUGGGGACGCUGGCUUCGCCGGUAGCGUCGUGAAGAAGCAUUGGCCAUGCAUGCCCUGGAAUUACUGUGACUUUGACAUUCUUGACUGCCAAGGCAACGUGGUCUACAAAGCCAUUACGCAAACCAUGGACAGCAUCCAAGAGCCCGGCGAACAAAUCUUGGCGUACAAGUUCAUGCAUGCGGACGGCAGCUACAUCGGGCGGACGAGCGAGCUACCGAACUUGUUGAUACGGCUGGGAGGGAUUUCAGAGAAACGAGAUGAGGUCAUGAUGGUUAGAGACACAGGCGACGUCGUGGUCUUGAAAGUGAAGAAAGAUCCAAACCAGCGGUUCUGGGUAACCAACUGGUAUGGUGAGAUUCUUUCACUUGGAACAACGGGUUUUGCAGAUGUUCGCUCAGUUCCAAUGGCUGAUCCUUUGUUCGUGACAUUUCUCGUCAGCAUGCAGUUUCGAAACAAGGGACUUUUCAGCCCACUUGUGAACUGCAUCUUGCUCCUCCUUCUUGUAGGAGCUGUUUGCUUCGGUGUGCGGAAAUGGCGACAGACCGCAAAUAGUUCUGGUCAGGAUGAAGAUUAUGAUUUGGCCGAGCUGCUGCGAGACAAUGCCCCUGUGUUGGAGCAAGGCUGCUGUGCAGGCAACCGGCCACGUUAA